AUGGGCGAUCUCAAUGGCUCUUAUGAUACCUCACCGGAAGCUUCGUGCAGCCUCGAUUACGAUGUUCUUAUCAUCGGCGCAGGUCUCUCCGGGAUAUACACUCUGAUAUCCAUGAAGAAGCUUGGACUUCGAGCCCGGGUUAUCGAACGAGGCUCUGGGCCGGGGGGUGUGUGGUUUUGGAACCGCUACCCCGGGGCACGGCUCGAUUCAGAGAGCUACACGUACAUGUUCACCUUCUCACAGGAAGUCUUGGACGAAUGGGACUGGAAGGAGCAUUUCUCUGCUCAGGAGGAUACGCUCAGAUACAUCAAUUUUGUCAUUGACAAACACAAUAUUCGCCCUGACAUUGAACUGAACACCGAGGUUAAAUCUGCGCGCUAUGAUGAGGUAAAUCGGUCGUGGACGGUGGCAGACCAGAACGGAAAGUGCCUGAGCUCUAGGUUCUUGAUAAACUGCCUGGGCCCAUUGACCUCGCCCACCCUGCCUAACAUCCCCGGCGUCGCAGACUUUAGAGGCGAAGCAUAUCACACCUCGCGAUGGCCGCAAGACCAUCUUGUAUCAUUCGAGGGCAAGAGGGUGGGAAUAAUCGGGACUGGGGCGACUGGGAUCCAAAUUAUUCAGGAAGUUGCGAAAACGGCUGGUCAGCUCACCGUGUUUCAGCGGACCGCAAACUGGACAGCGCCUCUACGAAACAGCACAAUCAGCCCCGAUGAAAUGAACGCUAUCCGGGCUGACUACCCUGAGAUAAUCCGCAAGUGCAAGUCAACUCCAAUGGGCUUCAUGUACGAGCCUGAUCCCCGAAACGCCCUUGACAUACCUGAAAAGGAACGCGAAGAACUGUGGGAAACUCACUACAACAUGCGCGGACUAAUCAAAUGGGUCGCCAACUUCAAAGACAUAUUCACCAAUCAAGAGGCCAACGACCUAUACAGCAAUUGGAUGGCGAACAAGAUCCGCGCACGCGUGAAUGAUCCCGUAAUUGCCGAGAAGUUGAUCCCUAAGACACACGGCUUCGGUACCCGUCGGGUUCCGCUUGAGACUGGAUACUACGAGCUGUUCAACAGAGCAAACGUCAAGCUCGUUGACCUGAACGACACGCCGAUCAAACAGAUCACUGCAACAGGCGUUGAAACCACCGUGGACCAUAUCGAGCUCGACAUUCUCAUCUACGCCACCGGAUUCGACGCCUUGACAGGCUCGUACGAGGAAAUUGACUACUACGGCGAGGGGGGUAUCGCCCUCAAAGACCUCUGGAAAGAUGGCCCGCUAACCUAUCUUGGGUUCAUGUCGCCGAACUUCCCCAAUAUGUUCAAUAUCCUAGGACCCCAUCAGGGGACUGGGAAUAUUCCGCACGCGAUUGAAUACGCGGUGCGCUAUGUGGCUCGGUUCGUGGAAUAUCUUACGGAAGCCAACAUGACUUACGUUGUUCCAGACCAGAAGGGAGUGGAGCAAUGGACGGAGCAUGUCUUCGACUGUACCAAGGGGCUCCUAUCGGCCAAUGUCAAUUCGUGGAUGACCGGGUACAAUUCCAACAAGAAGGGCAAGGCACAGAGGAGAGUUGUCCGCUAUUUUGGUGGACUCGUCAGGUUCCGUGAGCGAUGUGAAGAUGUUGCUGCUGACAAUUAUCGUCAUUUCGUGAUGAAGUAG